CCAAGCAAGAAUGAAUCCCAAAUUCUCUCAUGUUUUCGUGAAAUUUUUAUACAGAAUUUGAUUGACGGAUUACAAUCAUCUUUUUAGCUUUUUCUGAUAUCCAGAGAUCUUUCGAUUUGUGUAAUUACCAGAGGAUCGGAGAAUCCCACCAUCACGUCACCAUUAACGCUAUUCGGCGUCAUGCCAAUUGAGAACACUGCUGGUUAUAUGAUCCCUGUACUGUCUUCCAAUGACCUCUCUGACCCCUUUGGCCAACUGGGUUUGGAUCUAUCUGACUCCGACCUUCGAGAAACCGCGUAUGAGAUCUUCGUCGGGGCUUGUCGGAGCUCCGGUGGAGGUAGGCCGUUGACUUAUGUCUCUCAGUCGUCCGGGAGGUCAUCUGACAGAGCGUCAUCGUUGCCUUCGCUGCAAAGGUCACUGACGUUGACGGCGGCCAGUAAGGUGAAAAAGGCCCUGGGUAUGAAGUCUAAAAAGAAGAACAACGGUUCCGAGUCAGCGACGGAGAAUCGGCCGGCUACAGUGGGUGAGCUGAUGAGGGUUCAAAUGAGAAUCUCGGAACAAGUUGAUUCUAGGGUUAGGCGUGCAUUAUUGAGAAUUGCCGCUGGACAGCUUGGCAGGCGCAUUGAGUCAAUAGUUCUACCCGUAGAGCUUUUACAACAGUUUAAGUCUUCUGAUUUCCCAACUCAGCGAGAAUAUGAAGUAUGGCAGAGAAGAAACUUGAGGGUACUCGAGGCUGGACUGUUGCUCCACCCUAAACUUCCUCUUGACAGGAAAGACCCAUCGGCUCAACAACUCCGCCAGAUUAUUCGUGGGGCCUACGCACGACCCAUGGAGACUGGGAAACAUAGUGAAGCAGUUCAAACCCUACGGACUGUUACAAUGCAGCUUGCUUGUCGGGCAUCUGAUGAUUUUGCCCCAGACACAUGCCAUUGGGCAGAUGGGGCACCAUUGAAUCUCCGUCUCUACCAAAUCCUUCUAGAAGCUCUUUUUGAUGUUGAAGAGCCAACAUCUAUGAUCGAAGAGGUCGAUGAAGUGUUAGACCUCAUAAAAAAGACAUGGGGAAUCCUGGGAAUAGACCAGAGAUUCCAUAAUCUUUGUUUUUCAUGGGUUUUAUUCAACCAUUACGUAUCAACAGGUCAAGUUGAGAAUGAUUUUCUUUUUGCUGCUGAUAACUUAUUGCUAGAAGUCAAGAAAGAUGCAAAGUCAACUUUGGAUUCAGGUUAUUCCAAGAUUUUGUGUUCGACAUUGAACUCGAUGUUGGAAUGGGCAGAAAGAGGGCUUUUAGCUUACCAUGAGUCGUUUUACAGGGGUAACAUUGACUUGAUGCAAAGUAUUCUAUCACUUGUGUUAUCUGCAGCCACCAUUUUGGCAGAAGAAAAUCCUAGUGAGUCUGGUAGAAGGAAAGUCAUUGAUGUUGCAGAUGCCAAAGUUGACGUCUAUAUCAGGUCAUCGAUGCGCAAAGCUUUUAGUCAGGAAAGUGAGAAAGUACGCAUAAGCCGAAAAUCAGCAAAAAGUCAACUAAAUCAUCUUCCUGCACUCUGCUUGCUUGCCCAAGAUGUUACGGAUCUUGCUUUUACGGAGAAGGAGAUAUACAGUCCAAUCCUACAAAGAUGGCAUCCUCUUGCAGUCGGCGUGGCAGUAGCAACUCUCCAUUCUUGUUUUGGACAAGAGGUACAGAAAUUUGUUUCAGGAAUCAAUGAGUUGACUCCUGCUGUCAUACAAGUGCUAAUAGCGGCCGAUAAGUUGGAAAAAGAUUUAGUACAGAUGGCGGUAGAAGAUUCAGUCAACAGCGAUGAUGGUGGAAAGUCCAUAAUUCAAGAGAUGACUCCUUAUGAAGCCGAGGCUGUGAUUGUAGAUCUGGUGAAGUCGUGGAUAAAAACUCGAGUUGAUAGACUCAAGGAAUGGGUUGAUAGAACUUUGCAGCAAGAGGUGUGGAACCCAAGAGCAAAUAGGGAAGGUUUUGCUCCUUCAGCGGUGGAGGUUCUAAGAACUAUCGAUGAAACUAUGGAAGCUUUCUUUUUAUUGCCAAUACCUAUGCAUCCGGACUUGCUUCCUGGAUUGAUGAGCGGUCUUGAUAGAUGUCUUCAAGAUUACAUUUUAAAGGCAAAAUCGGGUUCUGGAUCUCGAAGUUCUUUUCUUCCGGUAUUGCCUCCUUUGACCCGAUGUAGAGGUGGCUCAAAACUCAAUGGCGUAUUCAAGAAGAAAGACCGGUCACACAUAAGUCAACGGAGGACACCUAUGCAGAGUACUACAGAAAGAAAUGAUUCCUACAGUAUAACACAGUUGUGUGUUCGCGUCAAUUCUUUUCAUUACAUCAGGAAAGAUUUAGAAGUCUUGGAAAAGAGGACAAUCGCCCAUUUGAAAAGCAUCGGAAUUCGUGAGGGUAGUAUCGUAAAUGGCUCAAGAAAAAACUUUGAGCGAUCUCUAGUUGCUUGCGUAGAAGGGAUUCAGCAAGUAUGUGAGGCAACGGCUUAUAAGCUCGUAUUUCAUGAAUUAAGCCAUGUCUUAUGGGACGGUUUAUACGUAGGUGGAGUUUCAUCUUCAAGAAUCGAACCUUUUCUUCAAGAGCUAGAACAAAAUCUUGAAGUUAUAGCAGAAACAGUACAAGAUAACACAAUUCGAACACGUCUAAUCACAAACAUAAUGAGAGCUUCUUUUGAGGGGUUUUUGUUGGUUUUGCUUGCUGGAGGUCCUUGUCGUAGUUUCACUCUAGAAGAUUGGUCGAUCAUACAAGAAGAUUUCCAGUUCCUUAUGGAUCUUUUUUGGUCGAAUGGCGAUGGAUUGCCAAUUGAUUUGAUAGGGAAACAUUCAACCAUAGUGAAAGGUGUGUUACCCCUUUUCUCUAGCGACACAGGUAGCCUUGUGGAGAAAUUCAAAUCCUUGAUGAUUGAUGGGAAUGGUUCAUCCACCAAAUCAAGACUUGCUUUGCCUCCGACCACCGACCAGUGGGGUCCGAUCGAACCAAACACGAUUUUGAGAGUAUUGUGUCAUCGGGACGACAAGGCAGCUACCACAUUCCUGAAAAAGAACUACAAUCUCCCAAAGAAACUGUGAGAUGUAUAGAUCGAUCUUGCGAUAUGCUAACUAUGAACUUGUACAGAAUACAGAGAAAUGGUCAAAUGCAUGCUAUGGAGCGUUUUUUGUUGGACAAGUUUGAUUGUACAAGUAGCACAAGCGAGCCUAGCGGCGUUGAAAAUUCUCGAUAAUUUAUUCAUACUGUGUUUUUGGUUGGUUUGUUUAGAGUGGUUUGGGAUGGCAACUCAUAUGAAAUUUUAGGUGAUAAUGUGUAGAAAUGAAGGGGUGGAUUGUAUAUUAUUUUGAUUUUGAGAAUAUACUAUAUUAUAAAACAUUUGAC